AUGGAGAGGCACAGCGAGGAGCAACACAAACCUGUGGUUCUAAUCACAGGUUGCUCAACGGGAGGGAUUGGGCACGCGCUUGCACGCGCCUUCGCAGACAACAAAUGCAAGGUGGUAGCGACAAGCAGGUCGCUGUCGAGCAUGGCGGAGCUGGAACACGACCAACGCAUGUUUUUGCAAGAGCUUGAUGUUCAGUCCGAUGAAAGCGUGCGUAGGGUCGUUGACGCUGUUAUAGACAAAUACGGUCGCAUCGACGUGUUGGUCAACAACGCUGGUGUCCUGUGCGUGGGUCCACUCGCCGAGGUUCCUCUCCCUGCCAUCCAAAGCACUUUUGAUACCAACGUCUUUGGUUCGAUGAGAAUGGUUCAGGCUGCUGUUCCUCACAUGGGAAAGAGGAAACAGGGAACGAUUGUAAAUAUUGGCAGUGUUGCUGGCUUGGCCUCUGUUCCUUGGUCAGGCACUUACAGUGCUUCCAAAGCUGCUCUUCAUGCUUUGACAGAUACAUUAAGAUUGGAACUUGGACACUUUGGAAUUGAUGUUGUGAAUGUUGUCCCUGGAGCUAUCAAAUCAAAUAUUGGAAAUUCUGCCAUGGCCAACUACAACCUCAUGCCUGAAUGGAACUUGUUCAAGCCAUUUGAAGCAGCAAUCAAAGAGAGAGCUUGUUUGUCUCAGGGGUCUAAAUCGACCCCAACAGAUGAAUUUGCUAAAACCACUGUAUCUGCUAUCCUUAAGAAGAAUCCACCUGCAUGGUUCUCCUAUGGCCAUUACUCUACCUUCAUGGCUAUCAUGUACCAUUUACCACUCUUUGUUAGAGACUUCAUUUUCAAGAAAUUUAUGAAAUGCUAA